AUGGCUUUGGAUUUAGUCAGUAUAGCACAACCACAUUACAUCCCUGGCUACACCGGUCACUGUCCCGAGUACAAGUACCGCAUCGGCGACACCUACGGGUCUACCACCCACAAGAUCCUGCUGGACCCCAGCGUCCAGCACUCGGAAAGAUUGGUCCUCUCCGAUCGCACUGCUGAUGACUUCCAGAUCUACCGUCCAGCACAGACAGAUAUCGACACUGUCAACGCAAGAUUCCGCAAUGGGGAUCCAGUAUACAAGCAUCCUAUGAUACCGGGAUAUGAGGGCUUCGUGCCUCGUCUAAAUGCACUCUUCGGACAACGGUACACUGUGGCCGCCACCGAAGCCCUAUCAGAGUUCCAGCGUCUGCAGCUAAACCAACGCACCGCAACACAACAGCUGGAGAGGGUCGUUGACCUUCAAGCCGGGAAAGGACAACCCUGGGACCUGUUCGAUAGAUUCUCGGCUACGGCAGAGUUCAAGUUGCCACUAAUAGCUGUGAGGCCAGAAUGUGCUGGUAUACUGAGGGACCUACCUAUGGACGAAGCCAAGCUAUCCCCAGCAUCGCAUUCCAUCAGCCCUUACUUCAUGGAUAACAAUGAUGCUGACAAAUACAUCAAGAAAGGAUUUACGGGACACGUACCGUACGCUUUCCAUCGCUUCGGCGAAUCGUCGAAGAAACUCACAAACUCUGCGCUAUGCGACUUCUCGUCUAACUACAGGCGGAGGCAGAGUACCGAAUGGGCGCCAGUUAAUGUGGUCAAACCGGACCCGCCGCUGUCCAUCAACCCGACGGAGAUCUACCACAAGCACGUGGGCAUGCUACCCAACUACGCCGGACACGUGCCUGGCGCCAUGUUCAGGUUUGGCAAAACGUACGGAAACGACACGAGAGACUCCAAGCGCUGGCUUCGGGGCGACUUCACUUCUUGAAGUCAUUAAAAC